AUGCUUUCCAUAGCGGACGACUCGCAAGGCAUGAUGUUGGUGGCAGAGUUUUUCCGACUGCUCCAAGAAGACAAUGUGGAAGAUGAUAGCAUGAUUAGUACUCUGACGGAAACACAAGACAAGGCGCUGUCGAUUCUUCCCAUCUUUUCGGGUCUCCUGAGCAUGUGGGGUUCGUACAACAUUAUUGCCAUGUACUGUUCCAGCGACCCAACCAAGCGCAACAAUGUCUACCAACGCAUCAUGUUGGGUCUGAGUGCCAGCGACAUGCUGGCAUCCUUCGUCUUGACGCUGCAUCCUUUCAUGAUUCCCGCCGCCACAUCGCAACGCGCCUAUGCCAGUGGCACCGAUGCCACUUGUUCGGCCAUGGGAUUUUUCCAACAAUUGGCAUUUGCCGAAGUCUGGUACAAUGGCAUGCUCAGUUUCUUUUUUCUCUGGAAGAUCAAAUACAGCAUGUCGCACGAACAAAUGGCACGGCGAGAACCCUGGAUGCAUUCGCUAGCCAUUGGAUUCAAUUUGAUUACCGCCACUAUUGGAGCGGCGUUGGGCAUGUACGGGGAACUUGUCGUGGGACACUUUUGUUGGUUCACCGGAACAAUGGGCACCUACUUUGCCUACUUUUGUGCCGCCGCGCCGUUCGCCUUUUUCAUGGUGGCCAUUUGUGUCAACAAUCUACUCAUUUACAAUCAUGUUCGAAAGUCACUGCAACAGCAGCAACAACAACAACAAACUACUACAUCCUCCGCCGUCAUUGUGCCGCUGUCCAAUGCUAGUAGUAGCAACAAUCAUCAUCAUCAUGAUCCAGCAGCCGCAACGCGCACAUCCACAGCAGAAUCGGUGGCUGGAGAAUCCUCGGCCACAUCGGCCGAUAGUGGCAAUAGCGUUUUCAGUAAUGAAGAAGUACGAGAACAACAACGAGAGGCGGCACGAUUGGCGUAUCAAAAACAACGACAACAAGAACGUCUGCGGGCCAUUGCCAUUCAAGCGUCUCUCUACGUGGGAUCCUUUUUGUUGACGCAUCUACCCACGUUCAUUAUUCGCAUCACGUCGGCCAUUGUCGGAUUGUCACCCUCCAAUGAAGGACAAUUCUUUCCACUCUUGCUCAUUCAAGCCAUUCUGUUGCCACUCCAAGGACUCUUUAAUUAUCUCAUUUACAGUCGGCCAUUGCCCUAUUGGAGAGAAGCAUUGUAA